UUAAAAUUUAUUGAUUUACAAUGUUGCAGCUCGGAAUGUUCUCAGACCCGAAAGUUCUCUCGACUAGUGGAGGAUAUGUUUGGAUUAGCGAAUGUUGUGGGAAGAAAUAUGUAUCGGUUUACAGUGGCUCAAUUUUUGGGUCAACUCCAAUUGAUAAAGUACCUCCAACGUCCGUACUCAAGCUGGUGUAUCACUGGGCUUGUCAAACAUCCAUCAGUAAUGUGGAGUCAUGGGUUAAGGUGGAUAAAUCAUUUAUCAACAAAAUGUAUCAAUACAUGAGAUGCAUUUCUUCAGUAAUGCUUCAAGAUAAGGUUUAUGACUUUGGCUUUGAUGGUACAACUGUGGAACUUGGCAUUGUCAGUCUUGGUACCAGUACAGCAGAUGGUACCAAAAAGGCAGUUAAGGUGGAGAUUUUGGGUCUUUAUGACCGCAAAAUGAAAUCAUACAGGUUGUUUGCAUCUGAACCCGAGCCUGGCAGCUCAUCACGACAAAGAUUUGUACGCAUCUUAAAGCCGCUUGAGCGAGUGGUUCACACUAAUGCCAUAAUUCUUUGCGACCAGUCUGUCGACCGAAAUUGUUUAUACAACAUGAAUUAUGGAAAGGUUAGUGUCUGUGAAACCAGUGAUAAUGAAGAGAACCUUCAGUCUAAUGCGAGAAUUAUGUCAUACUUGCGGAGACAUGUUCCCAAGAUGUUCCAGAGUGCACUGUCGCAGCUAAACUUACAACAAGUUCAAGUGGUUUUAGAUGAACUGUGUUGGCGCGAGCGUUACGGCCACUGUGCAGCUCAGGCAUACGUCAACAUGAUUGAUCAUAUCACAUACCUUACAGCACGUGAAGCUGAAAGUAAGUUAUGGCUGUUAAUUGUCAGCUCAAAUCUUUACUAAUGAUAACUUUAUAAU